AUGGGGAUGUAUAACUGUGUGCCGGGGCCGGAGCCCGGGGCCGCGCGGGUUGCAGCCGCCGAGGCGCCGGCGCUGACGGUCCCCGUGCCUGGCGUGGGCUCGGCCGGCUUCCUGCUUUCCCGGACUCGGGCGUGGGGCUCGGAGAUGGAAGCGCAGGAGCGCGCCUCGGUGGACGCCAGUCUGUUCGGGACUGCGGGGAGCGCAGCGCUCAGCUGUGACUCGGGGUUUAGGACAGGCUGCUUGUCCGCGCGGUGGACCCUCCUCGGGGGACGCUGGAGCAGCGUGCAGCCCCCGCCGCGGGCUCGAGCGCCGGGUUCCGGACCUCGCCGGCGCCUCGCCCUCCCUCGCUCUGGCUUCUGGGCCGCCCGUGGCCUGCGAGACGCCGCUCCCCUGCCCAUCAGUUCCCUGGCGUUGGGAAUCAAAGACUCCAUCUGGGGCAUUUGUACCAUCUCCAAGAUAGAUGCUCGGAUCCAGCAAAAGAGAGAGGAGCAGCGCCGAAGAAGGCCUGGUGGUGUCCUGGCUCAGAGGAGAACCCAGAGUAUAGAGCGGAAGAAGCAAGACAGCGAGUCAUGCAUUGUUAGAAGAAUUUUCCACUGCUGUGCUUGGAAUGGUGGAGUAUUCUGGUUAAGUCUCCUUUUGUUUUAUCGAGUAUUUAUUCCUGUGCUUCAGUCAGUAACAGCCCGGAUUAUUGGUGAUCCGUCCUUGCAUGGAGAUAUUUGGUCUUGGCUGGAAUUCUUCCUCACAUCAGUUUUCAGUGCUCUUUGGGUGCUCCCCCUGUUCGUGCUUAGCGUGUCAGGGCGGAAGCCGCAGCCAUUCCCCAGCGUUAGCAAGAUAAUCGCCGACAUGCUCUUCAACCUUCUGCUGCAGGCGCUCUUCCUCAUUCAGGGAAUGUUUGUGAGUCUCUUUCCCAUCCACCUUGUUGGUCAGCUCGUCAGUCUGCUGCAUAUGUCCCUUCUCUACUCGCUGUACUGCUUCGAGUAUCGUUGGUUCAAUAAAGGAAUUGAAAUGCAUCAGCGCUUAUCCAACAUAGAAAGGAACUGGCCUUACUACUUUGGAUUUGGUCUGCCCUUGGCUUUCCUCACAGCAAUGCAGUCCUCGUAUAUUAUCAGUGGCUGCCUCUUCUCGAUCCUCUUUCCUUUAUUCAUCAUCAGCGCCAAUGAAGCAAAGACCCCUGGGAAAGCAUACCUUUUCCAGUUGCGCCUUUUCUCCUUGGUGGUCUUCUUAAGCAACAGACUCUUCCAGAAGACAGUUUACCGGCAGUCUUCGCUGAGCAGCUCCACCUCUGCAGAGAAGUUCCCCUCACCACGUCCGUCUCCUGCCAAAUUGAAGGCUGCUGCAAGUCCCUGAGUCGCUGCUGUC